GUCGUUGCUUAUAAUAAUGUUAGGGCUUUUCUUUGUAGGCCUUCUAGAGGACUUUUAUGAGUGGUAAACAUCUACUUUAAAAGGUCUUUUGCUAAAAGAAAUCAAUGAGAAACAUGCUAAUCUGGAAUAAAGACAAGGCCAGCUGAGGUAUUGCCCAAACAUUUCUUCCAAAAUUAUAUUUCGAAGUGAGAUUUAGUUCACAGUGGUUAUCCUUGAAGGAAGACUGAUUUUGAAAGUCCUGAAUUUGUGACAAAGGGCAGGAUAGGUUAGCGUGUGUCACAAUAGGAAAUAUUUCUAGUGCUGUCUGUAAAGAAGUACAGGAGCAUACAGCUGGUAUCCUUUGGUUCUUCCUGUUGGGCUAAACGAGUUUUAAAGAAAGGAGAAAUUAAUUUGUAGUCUGAUCUCUUAAAUGAAAGGGUCCAUAACAUUUUUCCCAGUUAAGCAAGAGCAUAUUUGUAGCCAACAUCUCUUCUGGAAACUAUGAUUUGAGUGAUGGAAAAUACGCUACCCUUCAAGAUGGGUUGUUAAAAGAGCUUAUUGCGUUUAGGCAAGAUUGCAUCAUCUUUUAAACAAGAAUAUCUAGGCAGGAGCCUUUGCUUUUUGUUUGCUGAUAUCAGAAAUUUCCCAGCGUAGGUGCUUAAAGUAAUUAAACGUAACAUUCUAUAGGCAAAAGAGGUGAAGUCUUACUAUAGAUGCACUUCCCAACCUGAUACAAUUUUACAGCUCUUUUCCAGUCCCUUCUAAUUUUUCAACAUCUGUUUAAAGCAUACAUAAUGUAUUCUGAAAGCUGCCAGUGAAUCAGUUGUGUUGGACGUGACGAUGUGCUGUUGCACAAAUUUUUUUAUGUGCGAGUGUUUUUGAGAAAACUUCAUCCCAGAUGGAUAGGGUUGAAGAAGGUGCAGUAAGCCUGUGGAACUGGGCUGUGACCAAACACAUGGGUUCUGUCAUCAAUGACGAGCAAAGAGCUAAACUGCGAUUUGUUGCUUGUAGACUGGUGUGCCUUUGUGAAGGCAGUGAUCCUCCGGAGGGGACUAUUCGAAGACAGAUUUUGAUGUCAAUGAAAACUGGUAAAGGAUGGAUAGAUAUUGGAAAAGCUGAUCUUGCUGAUGAAUUUCUAGGGAUUGCCUUGAACAGCAUAGAAAAACUGUACACAAAAUUACGUAAGGGGAGCGAUGGUGAAGCAGAUAUUCAUGUGCACAAAGCUGAUGUGGAGAAGGACCUCUUCAAAGUGCUCUCUUAUCAGGCUGAAUCAGCAGUUGCUCAAGGGGAUUUUCAGAAAGCAGUGAUGUGUGUGCAGCGCUGUAAAGAUAUGUUGAUGAAGUUGCCAAAAGAGACCUGUUACCUGGCAAUCCUCUGUUACAACUUUGGGGUGGAAACCUAUGAACGGAAGAAGUAUGAACAGAGCUCCUUUUGGCUCAGCCAGAGUUAUGACAUUGGGAAGAUGGACAUGAAAUAUUCCGUUGGCAAAGAAAUGCGGGCUAAGGUGCUGCGAUUGUUAGCUACAGCCUAUUUUGAGUGGGAUUGUAAGCAGUAUCUUGACAAGGCAUUGAAGUCUAUAAGCUUGGCAAAUGAGGAGAAUUUGCAUCCAGCAGGGUUUUUUUUGAAAGUUAACAUUCUUCUUAAAAGUGGAGCAUCAGAUGAAGAGAUCAACUCAGCUGUUGCAGAAUUCAUGCACCAUGAGUUGUCUUUAGACUUUUGUUUGAAUGCUGCUAAACUGCUGCUGGAGAAUGGAAGGGAAUCAGUUGGGUUUGAUUUUCUGAACUCUGUUGCUGAACGAUUUGAAUCUUCACCUGACCUUGGAAAAAUAACCCUGCUCUACAUUGAGUUCCUGUUGCAGAAUAAGAGGGAGCUGCUUGCUAAGCAAAAGGUUGAAGAAAUUAUUAUAGGUCAUUAUACUGGAAAACAGCUGUUGUCUGAAACCUUGAACCGGCUGCACAUCAUCUUGUGGGACACAGCUGCCAAACAUUAUGAGGCAAAAAGCUAUUCUGAAGCUCUUCACUGGUACAACUAUUCUGUCAGCUUCUACACACCUGGGCAAAUAGAUCAGAAUUUGGCUAAGUUGCAGAGGAACAUGGCUUCUUGCUAUCUUCAUCUGAAAGAAGUUGACAAGGCUAAAGAAGCAGUUAAAGAAGCAGAGAGGUGUGAUCCAAACAGCAUCUUUACCCAAUUCAGUGUCUAUAAGAUUGCAGUGAUGGAAGAUGAUACUGAUAAAGCUGUGGAGGCAGUUAUUGAAAUGGGGAAGCUAGCAGAAAAGUCAUCUCAAUGUGAAGACAAGCCGACAGUGGAUGAAAAUACAGGCACUAACCUCCUGAGUUUAGCUGCCCAAAUUGCUUUAGAGAAUGAACAACAAGUUGUGGCUAUCAAAGCUUUGGAGUAUUUAUCUGAACACUCACGAGAUUGCCGACAAGUAUUUGCAGCUCUAAAAUGCUUGGUUCGUCUCGUGUUGUCAAAGGUCGUAGCAGAAAAUGAAGAGAAAAGAGAUAAAGAUAUCAAGUCAAUGCUGACUUAUUUGACCUUAGCUCACAGGAAACUUGCUGAGUCUUUCACAGAAGAGAAUUUGGCAAGGGACAUAAGGACCUUUGAAGCCCACUGGUUUAGAAAAGUUGCUUGGAACUUAGCUGUACAGUUCAAGGACUGCCCUGAAAAGAUGAGGGAUUUUUUUGUACUGUCUUUCAAGUUGUCCCAGUUUUGUCCUUCUGACAAAGCUGUUCUAAUUGCUCAGAAGACAUGCCUGUUAAUGGCAGCUGCGAUUGAUCUGGAAUUGGGGAGACAACAAGUAACAUCUUUUGAACAGAUGGAGUUUUUGACUCAGGCCCUUCAACAUCUCCAGGCAUGCAAGGAGAUAUGGAAAGUUCUGAAAUUAACAGGAGAUUUUGCUAAAGAUCCCACAGAUACUUUGCUGCUGCUGUAUGAAUUUGAAGCAAAAUCCAAACUUAAUGAUCCAACACUCAAUAACCUUAUGGAGUCAGUGUGGGAGCAGCCACAAAUAGAGGUCAAGACGCUAGAGAUCAUUGCAUCAUUAGCAAUGGAACCUCCAGCUCGGUAUCCUGUACUGUGUAAGCAAGCUCUGCAGGGUGCAUUAAACCUUCACAGAAAGCAGACUGCCAUUGAUGCUGUGAAAUUUAGCAAAUGCUUACAUAGUUUGAUUAAUCUUUCUUUGCCAACUGGAGUAACAGACUUGGAUGCUUAUGUGCUGCAAGAGGUAUGGGGCUACUUUGAAGAUGCUCUGAGUGUAAUCAGCAGCACAGAUGGUUACCCAGAGAUGGAGACCCUUUGGUUGAUGACAAGAGCCUGGAACACGGGAAUAUUUCAGUAUACCAUUGGUAAAUAUAAGGAAGCAGAGCAAUGGUGUGGAUUAGGAAUGCGUUUCCUCAAUCAUCUAGGAUCUCUGAAGAAAACCUACGAAGGCCAUAUGGUUGGUCUUUAUAGUGAGGUUCUGGACAAAUUGGACAGAGCAAAAGGGUUUAUUCCAAAUGAAGAAUAAUGAUAGCCACAACUGGAAGAAGGAGGACAGCAGUCUCUUGGAAACAUCCUGCUGACUGAAGGAGGCUGUUAGCUCUGCAAAAUGGCAUGAGGUCACGGGAGCAGUGGAAAAGAAACCAGGAUCUCCCUCUUGUUGGUGUUUAAGUUACGUACUUUUUAGGAAGCAUUUAUUUGAAUAAAUGUAAUUGUUUUUCUCUAGGGAAAAAUUUUCGUUCUGUGGAUCUAUAUAACAGAAAUAAAUAUAUAGCUGUCUCAUGAGAUGGGCCUGCAGUUGCAUAACAGGUUAAUUUAAAUAUCAGAAUUUAAAUUUAAAUUUAGUAGUAAGUGGCACUGUGAACAAUAAAAGUAUUCCAAGGCCAGGCGUCUCCUCUGGAUGCCAUAGCUGCCUUGCUACAUAAAUAUUUAUCAGAUUGUUUAGUUUUCAGUCCAUUUUGGUAUGGAUAAGAAUUCAGAGCUGUUUGCCAGGAUCACAAUUUAGUUAGAAUAUAAAAGAGCAGGUGCUACAAAAAAAAAAGCUAAAGCUUUAACUAGGUACUGCUUUUUUAUAGACUACUGACUGUGACAUGCCAGUCAUAGUUUGGCAUAAAAUCCCCCCAAAUCCAUAUAAAAACACAGGCUGGUAUAUGGAUGGAUUCAACUACAGCUGGAUUGCCUAAGGAGGUAUGUCCCAUCUGAAAUUCAGUGCGGUGGAGUGGAGGUAAGAAAUACAAUUACUUCUGUGCAACCAUUGCUGGUUUACCAGCAGCUUCAGAAGUCAGAAGAUACAUGGCCCGAGUGUUGUCUUCUGUGCUGUGGGACAGGUGCACUUAGUGAUGCACCUUGGUGUCCUAACGCCAGGGGACAAAUCAUGGUUGCAUUUUACGUGCUUAUGAGCAUAAAGUCAAAGUGCAUACCUCUUCCGAUGUGCCCGGUCCUUCUCUGGAAGGAAAUAGAGGUGACUUGAGUCGAGGGAAGCAACAGCGCACUGUCAUGAAGGCCUUUGAGUGCUAGGGGACCAGUACUGUGAGUUCUAGCAGAGGAUAAAUGCACUUAGUAUAGAAGUUUAAAAAAAAAAAAAGGCUGAUAGGGUGCUUGAGCAAAAAAAAUAAAAAAACAAACCAAAAAAAACAAAUUCAUGGUUUCAGUUGAUUGUUUAGAAGAUGAGGUAAGGAGAUAUCAUAGCUAGUAGAUACGUGCUGACUGCUUUUCAGUUAGGGAUGCAUACUAUAGUAAAAAGGCACAAGGCACAACGAAGUUAAUAUAGUGUAUUCUGUCUUUUGUGUGACAGACAUUGUAUACAAUUUGUAUGAUUUUUAACUGGGCAUACAUCCUAUAAAUGGAUUUUUCUGCUUUUUCUGUAAGAGGAAAUUCAAGCUUCCCUGAGGGACAUUGUACCUACUGGGACCCUCUCUAGUGCUUACUAGAGAGCUGUGAGUGUUUUGGUAAUUAUUCUUUACAGGCUUUACACAGAAGGGAGGGCUGAUGGACCAAUAUACUGAUGGAACAGUAUAUUUCAGCUAUAAGAUCUGGUUUGUGAUCACUAUUUAUCUAACUUCAUUUAAAAAAAAUUAGAAGUAUAUUUUACUUACGAUCAGAUUAUUAAAGCCUAUUCAGAAAGAGGAUGGCUGCUAACAGCAGGAUGCUGGCUAUAUAACAGAAGAAAUUGCAGUAGUUGUACUGCAUUCUGAAGGACUGACAUGCUCUGAAAGAAGAGCUUACUGUGCUUAGCGCAGUGGUCUGGGCCCUUGCAAGCAAGCGGUAAUUAGAACAGUUAGCUGCACUGCAGUCUCUAAGUUCCAUGGCCGUCUUCUUUUCCCAGUCUGAGUAGACCAAGUAAUACGAGUGAUUUCUGCUUUUCAUGUGCAUCAGGCGUCACGGUGAAUGCUACUGCUGAAGCUGGAAACCAGCCUUCAGCAAAACUGCCACAUCCUCUUGCCUGUUACGCAGAUGGAUACUGGCUCAUUUCCUGAAGGCAGCUACGUGCAGACGUGUGACAGUGUGUGGCAUUUACAGCAACCGUAAGUUGGAACAUAUUGUACCAGAUACUUUGCAGUACUGCACGGGUCAAUAUCAGCUUCUGGAUAACAGUGCAAGAAUGGGACUUCCCCCAGGAGUGCAUUACAUUGAAGAUGGCAAACAGGGAAGUAUUGAGAAGUUUAUAGGAUCUGGUGCCAGUGAUAGCAAGAUACUGGAUACCGUGGCUGAGACUGGUGCUGUGUGAGCUGUGCCUCUGCCAGAGUUUGUUAUGAAGAGUUUCGUUGCUCUUGAGGCUCAGCUUGAUAGAACUAUGUAGGUAGGAUUAGGAAGGUACAUUUGUGGCAAUAGUCUAGCAGAAUGCAAAAAAUAAUUGUCCUCAACUGGAGAUUAUAUACUUGAUUUUAUUCCUGAGGGUGCCCAGGGCCUUUCUUCCUCCAGCUGAGGUGGUAUAAGCAGUGGAAACCACUUCCACUGCACUUGUGUGGCAUUCCCUCUACGGUACGCAGAGAAAUCAGCUGGGCUGUCUGACUGCAGACAGUUCCAGUGACACACAAGUAGGAGGAUGGAUCUGUUGAAAGCUCACUCCAAUGGGUCUGAUUUAGACCUCUCAGGGCAGCUACUUUCGGAUCUUUGAUGAACUACGUGCUGGCUGUUUAACUAAGGAACACCUCUGAACCCAUAAAAAGCCAGGCCUCAACUGUCACAAAAUUCUUCUUGAGUAACAGUUUUGGAGACACAUGCUGCAUCACACUAAUGUAGGCACUGUAAAUGGAUGCCAUAGAGUCAAAGGUAUUCCUUGCUGCUUGUGCAUCUCCUUGGUGCCUGCCAGGCCACCUUUAAUUAUGGUUCUCAGUUCUGGCUUGCACAAAUAGACAGGUAAAGGUGUCAGACUGUACCAGCUGAGGAGGUCAUGUUUGCCCAGGAAGUAUUGCAGGUAAUUACAUACAGCCAUAGAAGGGCAGUAAGCAUUAAAGGUGUUUUUGCCUACAGGCAGAAUUGUUUAAAUUUUUUCCUUGGAGAUGCUCAGUUUGAUUUCUAUUAUACUACAGACUUUACUCAUGAGUCCAAAUCAGAUCAGCUACAGACACUGCUGAUGGUACUUCUUACCUCAUCGCUGCUCGUUUUAACAUUGUAUGCUUUAUUCCAGGCGUAAGAUUUUCCAUAGGUUUUAAGCAGCGCAAAGAUUCCUCUUUUAGUUGAAUCAGACCUUAAUUAGCUCAAUUUCCAAUGACCAUUUCCAAUAGGUAGUUUGUGUGCAAACACCCUGCUUUGCAGGCUGAGCUUGCUAGCAUAGAUGCAGGCUGGUCCAUGCAAGUUGGUCUCAAGUUUUAUUUUACUAAGCUAAACAUUGCAUUAUAGCCCAGUUAGUCCAGUUAGGAUAACUAUGGGAUAUAAAUCUUCUUAAGUCAGCAAGAGCUGACCUGAAAAAAAAAAAAAAUUGGUGCUGUUCUCUUCACAAGUCUUCUCCUUAUAUCGCUCCGUUUUGUGCAGUGUGGUUUCACCUUGGAGAAUUCGGGUGCUUAUCCUGAGAUGCUGACAGAUUGCUCCAGAAGGUGGCAUCGCAGCAGCGGUUUCUGAUUUACACAUCACUGUGGAAACAACAGGGUGUGCUGGGUGUUUGCUCUGCAACUGCAGUUUCUCCUUGCUUCUGAGAACAUAAAUGCAUCCUCCAGGGCAGUAGGUCACAAAUCCUUCCCCCUCAAGCCUGUAUUUUAUGCCCUUUCUUCUAAUCUGAUAAUUUCUUAACUAUCUGGGAAGCAGCAACAGUCUAGAUGAGCAAGGAAAAUGCAAUGUGUCUUGAAACCUUCCACUUAUGAUGCACCUAGGGCUACCUUCCUCCGGACAGUUUAAGAAGCGUUUCUCUGCUAAUGUAGUGCUUGCACUGAGUGUUUUGGAGAGGCAGGAUGAGGGGCUGGCCUGGCCACUAGCACUUAGGUCAAGCCCAGAAGAAUUGAAGCGAUCACAGUCAUCAGAAAUCAAGGUAAUUGGAAGAGGACUGAAGCUCGUUAGAGGAUUGGGCAGAAGCUUUUGUCAAGUAGUGCACUGGAACUAAGAAUAGGGAGGAAAUACCACUGUCAGCCCUGUGGUGAGCCAAGUGUGGUCCCAACAAGAUAUUGCUAAUCACGCAGUCAGCGUCUUCUGCAUGCUUGUACCAUUAGCCGUUGCUACACUGACUGAUCCAGACAACUCGUUUUUAAUUAGGGUUAAAAAACUCAAGUCAAACCACACGCCCCUCAUUUUGGAGGCAAGGGAUGUAAACAAACACUGGAGAACAGGGAGUGCUUAAGGAUUCUUCAAGGAAAGAGACUCCUUUAGUAUGACAAUGACGUUACCGUCUUCACAGCAGAUGCUUUAGCGCCAUGAAUCCUGCUGUCGAGGGCUGAGGAAAGCAGAGAAGAGUAAUCCUUGCAGCUUAUGCUGCCAAGCGUCGGUAGGAAGACAAGCCACAUAUGACAGCUAUCCAGGUGCCUGCAUCUCAGGCACCGAUGAGGAGAAACUUUCAGAGAAAGCUGUUACUAAAUUCCCUGUAAAACCCUCUCCCAGUAGCCUCACAGAUACUGUACUCCCAUGCUUGGUAAGGACCAGAGGGUUAAUUAACCAGAACCACAGAGGCAGAAAUGUGCAGUUUGAAAAGAAAAAAGAAAAAAAUUCAAGAUUUAAGAAACAAAACCCCUCUCACCUUUGAAUUAGCUCAGCUAAAUGACGA